GUCGAAAUGUACCUACGUAGUCAGGUCAUUUACGUUAUAUUGAGUUCUUGUUUUUGGUCGAUGUCACCGAAAUCAUUCUAAGUAUUAGAAAAAUAGAAUCCUCAUGUGGAAUGAACUUGAAAUGUCUCCCAGCUUAUAUAAUAAUUUCUGCUCUGUUCCGAUUUUGGUGUACUCUCACAGCUAUUGACCUUAAAAAAACGUAAGUGGAAUAUCGAUGGUCGAAAGUUGGAAGAGGAAGGGAAUGAAUUGCAAUGAGUGACCAGUUACUUAUUCUAAAGAAGUUUCCAUUUAUUAUUCCUCAGAACAAAUAUUUUACAUUGUACAAAGGAUUUAUUCAAGUAGGGAAUGAAGAAUUCCACAUUUGUCUGCAUGUACCACAUUACCCUUCCUUGAAAGAACUGUCAGUCAAAUGCUCAUGGGAACUGAGUAUUAUUCUUCAAGGACAUGAAAAAGAUUUAUAUGAGUGGACAAAAAGCUGUUCAUCCUUGUUUGCUUACCUGGAAUGUAUGCAAAAUUUAAUUAUGAAAUGCUUGGAGACAUGCUCUGCUGCGUCAUUACUGCAUUCAGGUCGCCAUUUGCCAGUUGAGACAUAUAAACACAUUAUAUCUGAGCUGGAAAUCCUUGGUCUGGAACAUGUUCUUCACAUCUCAAAUACAGUGGAUGAGGUGAAACUGCAGACUGUGGACCAGGCAGGGAGAAACCACAUUCUCAGAUUAAGUCUUGGAAUGAACUAUCCCAGCUCACCACCAGUCAUUCAGGCAGACCUUCCUGAAGAGCUCAUUGGAAAUAUGAAGAAAAGUUCUUCACUUCCUACAAUUUACAAGAGCUUUGUGCAACAAGUUGCAGCAUUACAGAGAUUCUGGGAAGUACUAGAUGAAGUCGAUCAUAAAUGCUGGGUGAUUGAUCCUGAUAAUCCAACAAGGAAAGAUACAUACAGGAGGAUAAUGAUCGGGAAUAAUGUGUCAGUGCAGAUCGUAAUAAAUCCCCUCAAAGCAACUGAGAGGCCUGACAUCAAAUUCCUUGGUUCAGAACGAGCCAUCGUAUCAUUUCAAGAGUGUCUUAUGGAAAAUUUUCAGUUCUCAUUUCAGUUGUGGUCCAGUGCUGAUGGAUUCAUAGAAAACCUGAAGUUGUUACUGGGAUUGUCAGAUUUUCCAGCACCACAGAUUCAUACAGAAUACUCACAAGAGCUUAUACACCAAGGGGAAUGUGCCAUCUGCUUCAUGGCUCGACUGGAUGGAGAACUGCCAUCACGGGCGUGUGAUAAUGAGAAGUGUGGCUUAGAAUAUCAUACGGCCUGUUUAUGUGAGUGGCUCCAGACCCUCCCAACUAGUAGUAAGAGUUUCAGUUAUAUUCAUGGGGAGUGUCCUAACUGUAGCACAGCAAUUUCAUGUCCAAGAUCAAAUUGAUGACUGGAAUUCUGCCCUGUGGGCACCCACACCUUUGAAAUAUCUUUUCUUGAGUGUGUCUCAUGAGCAGGGGCCAAGAGGGAUAGAGACUGUAACAGGAAAAGGACACAGAUGUUUUGCACAAGGUGGAAGAACUACUGCUGAUGUCACAGCAAGGACAUGUAACUUAUUCUAUGCAUCCUGGAAGGCUUACACACCUCAUUAAGAGGAGGGAGAGACAGAGCCAUGCAUCUUAUAUACCUCUGUUUUGUUUCUCAUGAUGUUGUGAAUUGUGUACUAUUUUUUCUAUUUGCAAAAUAUAUUGUUGUUUUAUAAA